AUGGCAGCGAGGCCCGACUCCGACCCUACGAGCACAGCUAGACAGGGUGAAAACCAAGAUGCGUCUCCCUCACCACCGCCAGCAGCGCCCGUCCCGCUGACCCCUGGGCCAAGGGCUUCGCGACUCCAGCAAGUCUUCUCCCAGGCCCUACUGCACACAAUCCGAACGAACUCCUACGCCAACUUCUCCUCCUGCUUCCCAACGCCUGCGAAGCAUGUUCCGCGUAGCCUGGAGUCGGUAUGGAGACAGCUGAAUGCGAAGCUGGAAGAAAGCGCAAGGGCGGAGUUUGACGAUAUCCUUCGUGAGAGAGGCGUGGUGAGAGGACUGAACGAGCUGGACAGGCUGGUGGGAGAAGCGAAACUCCGGAGAGAGAAUGGCGAAGGGGCAGAUACUGUGCCGUACGUGUUAAAAACCGUUCUAUUCUAUCUCCUUGCUCCUCUUGAUGUUAACUUCUUUGGUAGUGCGCAUACUUUGACUGCAAAGGAACUAUAUCAGGCUCAUCUGGCGCCUAUUCUUGCGAAGGCGCAGUCAUCCCUUGACUCUCAGACGGAAGAGGUACAGAAGCAAAAUAUUGCGCUUGCGUCGAAGAUAGAAUCUCAAAAGCAAGAGAUUCAGCAGUUAUUGGUUAGCCUUGAAGCUAUAGUUGGAGAUAUCGAGGGAGCCGUCAAGUCAAUGAACGAAUUCGACGAGGAUGGUAUCCUACGAAAAGAAGCAGAGCAGAUGGACGAAGAUAUUAGGCCUUCGCAACCUUCGUGA